GCACCAGAAGUGAUACGGAUGCAGGACAGUAACCCGUUCAGUUUUCAGUCAGAUGUCUACUCCUAUGGAAUAGUGCUAUAUGAACUGAUGACAGGAGAGCUGCCAUACUCCCACAUAAACAACCGAGAUCAGAUUAUCUUCAUGGUUGGCCGAGGGUACGCCUCUCCAGACCUCAGCAAAUUGUACAAGAACUGCCCCAAAGCAAUGAAGAGGCUUGUAGCAGAUUGUUUGAAGAAAGUUCGGGAAGAACGACCUCUGUUUCCACAAAUCCUGUCCUCCAUUGAAUUGUUGCAACAUUCUUUACCCAAAAUCAACCGGAGUGCUUCCGAGCCGUCUCUGCAUCGCGCCGCCCACACGGAGGACAUAAACUCCUGCACGUCGACAUCUGCCAGGCUGCCCGUCUUCUAGGAUCGUGCUCCCCUCCCCUGUUCUCUCCAGCCACGGGGAAGGAACAGAAGUAACAGAAGUUGUGCUUUUAAUGCCUCGGAGUACAGGAUCAGUGCCAGCAGGAUUAUCUGCGUCCCGGUUUUAAGAACAAGCUGCUAAGGAUUUCUGCAGUUCUUAUCCUGCAGGGACACGGCUCCACAUUGCCUUUUUCUACAGUUUCUUUUACUGGGAUAGUUAACAGAUGAUAAAUCAAGAGAUCUAUUACUAUUUUUUUAAUAGAUGCACUUGAGCCUUAUUUUUUUCCCAUCGCCGGAAGCGAUGGGUGUUUCUUUGGCAGUGUUGCUGGAUCGGUUUGGCUCUGUCGAUAACGGGCGGUUUUGGCGGCGAGGACGGC